AUGAAUUCAAGAUCUUCCCUUCCAUCGAUUACUGAACUUUCCACUCCCAGACAUGCACCUUCCCCCACACUUGGAUCAGGCGGUGCAUGUACGCCUCCACUCGUACGUCCAGGACGAUCAUAUGAAGACGAAAGGGAAAGUGAAGAGGAGAGGCCUAGAGAUUCAGGUGUUCAUGCCAUUGGGGCAUUCUUCUCUUCUCCCUAUGAUUCACAUUACGAUUCUGAUCCUGAGGAAAAAUCGUCAUCAAUUGUCAUUCCUUCACUUAACUCUGAUGCGAGGUCCAGAACUCCAAUAACAAGAGGACGGACAAGAGUAGGUAGUGUGAUUGUGAAUAAAACUUGCGACCAAAAGCAGAAUCAAAAUCAGAAUCAGAGUCAACACCAAAAUUAUAAGAAUGUGUUAGAAAGUAAAAUCAAAAGUCAAGCUGGUGAAGUGGAUAUUUAUGAAUCAUUCGAUGAAUUGGAUGGUCUUAGCGACGAAGUUCAUUACUUACAUCACGGGAAGGAUCAACAACUGAAAUUACCCAAAUCCCCUGCUAAAUCCAACGAAGUCACAAGUAGACAAUCUGACGAAUCAGGUAGGGUAAGACCUUUGACAGUCGUUGAAUUUCCUGAACCUUCACUUAAACCUCAACAGGGAUAUGGAAAAGGUUAUCCAUCACCUAAUCAUUCACGAACGAAACCCGAUGGACCCAUUCCAAGUUUAUCCGAUGGACCGACCGCGAUUCCCCCGAUUCCUAAAAUUGUUACUACUGAUCCCAAUCAACUUCGACCCGAAUUGCCAUCAAAAGGAUAUUCAAUAGGAUAUAUACAUAAUUCGAAAUCACAACCUACAAUUGACACAGCUUCAUUUUCUUUUUCGCCUCCACGGACGAUCAAUCUGCCACCACCUUCAUCACCUAUUUCACCUUUACUAGCCGCACCUCCCCUACCUCAUUUCUCACCUCUUUCACCCCCAUCAUCGCCUUUUGCAUCUGCUCGUGGAGUAAGACAAGAUAGACCAGACUCGACCAAUGGAUCAAUCAGAGGAUUUGAUAUUAUGGCAGAAAAGAAAGCUUUGUUUAGAGAAGGUCAAGAAGAGUUGAUGUCUCCUUUCGCAACUAGACGUACUGAACGUGCGAGACAAGGUAGAGCUCAGACGAAAUCGGCUUUCUUAGCCAGUGGAAUGGAUUUUUGGAAGAGAUUCAAUGCACAUGCCGAACUGGAUGAAGGAGAAAAAGCCGUCAACGGUGAUUCUAAUGGGAGUGCGUGGUUAUCCAAAGCCAAAGCGAGAGAUGGAAGAAUCAAAAAGAUGAUCUGGAUCUUUCUCUUUCUGCUCGUGAUCCUCAUCGGAGCACUUCUGGUUUAUUUCUUAACUAGACCUUCCCCCAAUCCUAAGUCAAUCGCCACCGGUAUCUGA